AUGCGUCGUCUGCGCAACGGCAAGGUCCGAAUCAAGGGUACUGUGCAGGUGCACGACGCUUCAGAAGCCCUAGGCUCUUCUGUGCAGCCCCUCAAACCUGUCUCGCCUCCCAAGAAGGCACAAGCUGGAGGCGGCAAGGUCAAGGCAGUCAAGACCAAGCCUCCGACCCCGCCUUUGUCUGAUCGUAACGCAGGUGCCGUCAGCGCUGGGCCAGAGAAUGUUGAUGAACUCAAUGGUCUUGACCUCGAGUCCCUCAAUCUCACUGACAAGGAGAUACCAGCUCGUCAGCUCGAAAAGCUCUCGCGCAUCGGAUCUGGUGGCUUCAAGGACGUCUUUGUCGGGAUUUGGAAGGUCGGCAAGCGUCGCAACAAGGUGGCCAUUGCCGACAUCAGGGAGAAGCUCACAGAGAUGGACAUCAAGGAGCUCGGCCUGUUGCGAGAUCUCAAGCACGAGAACAUCGUCCGCUUCAUUGGGGUCAGUAUCCCAGAGGACACUGCCAAGACUGGCAUUCCCUGCAUGAUUGUCUCGGAGCUCUGCUCAAAUGGAGACCUAUGGGACUAUGUGCGCAAUGUCAAGCCACCCCCUGACUUGCAGAUCUUUAGAAUGCUCCUCGAAACCGCCAAGGGCCUCGAGUAUCUCCACAUGCACUCGAUUGUUCACCGCGACGUGAAGUCGUCCAAUGUUCUCGUAACACGCGAGCGCUCGUGCAAGAUCAACGACUUUGGCCUAGCGCGUGUCAAGACCUCACAGCGCUCCAAGAUGAAGAGCGUAGUGGGCACGAUCAACUGGCAGGCAGUAGAGCUGUGGUGUCGCCAGCCACAGUACAAUGAAAAAGUCGACGUAUGGUCCGCUGCCAUGACUUUUUGGGAGACUCUACAGUGGUACGAGGACUACAAGAGCUACCCUUUUGAAGGCAUGAACGACUUUGUCAUCUAUGAAGAGGUGGGUAAAGAGGGUAAGAGACCCCCUACAGAUAAGAUUGCAGCGCAAUUUGGAGAGGAGAUUGUCAAGCUGCUCAAUAGGAUGUGGGAUACGGACCCGAGAAAGAGGCCGACGAUGGACAUGGUCUGUAAAGACCUUGAGAGGCUCAUCGAGGUCAAGGAGAUGGAGAUGGACCAGUAA